CGAGGAGACGCUUUGCGCUUUCGCUCGCGUGCCCAGCAAGCGUGAAGUCUCCUGUGAAGUGCUUGAGAGCCACUCAGACGCCAAAUCCUGGAUUACGGGUUCAGAGUGGAAAGUUUUUGGUGAUAAGGGCGUUCCACCAGGACGCACAAAACAAUUGGAAUUUACCACCGUUCUGUGACACUCCUUCCAGUCACAUACCAUCGAGAGUGGAGGAAUCUCAUAAGCUUGUCGAGGCCACGAAAUCUCCCCAGACAGAGGACAUUCCUCUGGGAAUUUUUUUGCUAAGCAAAGAAUCAUACCUUCCUGCUUCGUGUGGAGCUCAUGUUGAAGGUGUGAAGAAUUGAGCGCGGGAACUCAAACAGCAGAAUUGGUUUAUAUGACUCUGAGGCUGUAAUACUCAACAAGAUGUGGCGUUCUGCAUUAUUUACUGCUUGGAUGCUCAUCAGUGUCAUCCUAUGUAUCCUUCUGGAGCCUGUGAGCACCAGAGUAGCUGGCAAAAUUGGCUACAACAACAAUUACUACAGUGGGCGCUCCUACAGUGGAAUCAACGAGGAGAUCAUUUACGUGUCCAUAGGAAUGGGCAUCACCAUUGCUAUUCUUAUCAGUUUAGCACUGUGCUAUAUAAUGCGAGAGAAGUGUCAGAAGAGGCGGGAAUAUUACAUAACAGCGUAAGUUUUAACAUUGUUUAAGAACUUACAUCAAUCUCCCGUCGAAUGUGAUUUGUGAGUGGGAUAAAGUGUCUCUCAACUUCAUGGGAAAGCUCAACAACUACAUAUUGACAUCACCAGCAUUUCAAAUGUGAAUUCCCAGAGGGAUCAAAGGAGCGAAUAUUGCAUCGAUGAUUACAUAUAGAUUUGGACCAAAAUCAUAUAAUUGACACCAUUCCCGCAACUUUAAAGUCACAGUAUUAUUUUUGUAGUACUUAAUUUACGUCAUUUCGUCCUAGAAACUCUAUGUAUGUAAUACAUUUUGUUCCGUGCUCAAAGCAUGAUAAGACAUCUCUUGAGAAGAGAACGCGUAGACUUAAUUGGAAAUGCUAUUAAUGUAUAAAGUGGAAUAGUUUCAUAAAUAUUUACCCGAAUAAAUACAAGUAGACUUUACUAUUGAUUUAUGUAGACGAGUUUCUCAAUGUAAAAGUAAAUAAAUGUAAAGAAAAUCUUGUUUUCAAAAGAAGAUUAGGGAAAAUGCAUGGUGUAAAGAUUUUCUUGUGCAACGGUGAAGGAGCGAAAAAGACUUCGUGAGGUUCACGAUAA